UAAGAAAGUUAGGUAUCCAUGACAGCCUUGUUAUUGUUGUUGUAGUGCUAAUUCUCUCUUGUCGUGAGGGAUGCUGUAGUAAAUGGCUAUAUUGAUUAUUUUACUGGCGCUGCCUGAAACACAACCUAUAAUACUUAUAAUACCAUAAUACUUUUAGGCCGCGUUUUAUUUGAAGUAUUCCAUUGCAUUGUAUAUUAAUAGGCCACUUCGUGCACAAAGGCGCGGUUUGGUUCUCCCUCUCAGUUAGCUAACGUUAGCGAAUCUAGUAGCUAGAUUACUAGCUAAUGUUUGUUAACGUUAGCAAGUUCGCUGCAAUUAAGUUCCACAUCAAAGCUAGCUAGGUAACUUGCUAGGGUGUACAAGUGAUAUUGAACCGCGGGCGGCUGAAAAUGACAAACCUCUGCCAAAAGAGCAAGUGGAGCCAUGAAUCAGAGGGAAGCACGGUGAGAGAGGACACUCGGGGGGGCAUGAGGCGAUAAAAACGGAGAAAAGGAUGAUUUCGCGAUACACCAGGCGGCCGGUAACGCACAGUCUUGAGAUUCGUGGCUUAUCCCGAAGCCACCUUGACCAUCACCCUCUCCCAGAAGAGGUAGACGAUGACUUCCUCCCCCAGCACCUCCUCCAUGACCUUCAGGAAGCUGUCUCCACUUACAACAGCUCUGAGACGACGUCUGCAGCCUCUAACCGGUCAGACUCUCCAACGGUCACCACUGGAAACACAACGCGGGCCUGGUCUGGGAUCCACAGCUACACAGGGACAGGCAUCUCUACAGAGAGGAGCUCUGUCUUCUCCUGGGGCUAUGAUGAGUUUGACAAGGCGGCGUCGCGACAGGUGCAGCAGAUGUUUGAGGAGAUUGAUGAGGAGCUUUACGAGGGGCGGGGUGGGGCGCAUCUACUGGGGCUGCAAGAUGAGUGUCAUCAGUGGGCAUUCAGGUUCCCUCACUUACGGAUUCUGGGUAGUCAGCUGGUGUGUCCCAGUGACGAGGGCUUUCAGUGGUACGCCACCUCAGGGAAGGGGACCGGGACACCCGCCAGCACCACUGCAGCUGGACAGAAGGACAGCAGUAGUAGCAAGCCCCAGGAUAAGGACAAGCCCGGCCCCAGCACAGAUCUGUGUGUGCAGGGGAAAAGGGCUGUGCUGUCCAGGCCCUGUGUGGCAGUUGACCACCCCCCUGGUACUCCCAGUGGAUCCAGAGGUCAUGACCGGCCCAAGGUGAUCGAGGCUGAAGGCCUGAUGGAGGAGUACCUGGCCUUUGACAGCAGGGACAUGGAUGACGAGUGGGAGCGGGGGUGGGUGGGGAAUGGUCGGCGGCGGUACUGCCUGCCUCCUGUGUCUCCCUAUCGCUGUCGCAGACAGGCGGCCCUGGACUUGCUCUUUGACGACGUGUGGCGAGAGCUGGUUGGCUGGAUGGAGGAGCUGGUCCGCAGGCAUUGGGAGGGCUAUGUCUCAGAUGAUGAGAAGACUGCAGUGAACUUCAGCCCAUCACAGUCUGAUGCUGAGAAUUCUUUCCUGCUUCUGUCCACACUUCCCACCCUUCUCCCCAGGCUAGGCCAGAUCAGGGUGCCCCAGCUAACAGGCAGCCUGCAACCCCAGACCACAAAAUCAAGGGUCUCAAAGCACAAGUCCAGACGGAAAUCCAAAAAGCAGAAAAAGCCAUCCACUGUAUGUAACUCUCACCCAGAGCCAAAAUGGCGCCGAUCGACGCCAUCCACAGCGUCCAGUCGGGUACCAGUAGGGGCAGCGGUGACGCAUCACAACCUCAACGACCUCAUAGUGAUCCACGGCAUCCCCCUGCAGCAGAGGAACCUGGGCGUGAUGGAGAGAGCCCAGGACCCUGAGGAGAGGGUGGUGGUGACCCAUCGGCCAGGGUCCAGCGUGAUCCCGUCCAGCAAGCCCCGUCCUCGCCGGGCGCUAGAGCAGAGCUCCUCCUCCCUGUCCCGUCCGCCCCAGUCGGCGCUACGCCGUAACCCUCCCCCACGCACCCUUCUGCCCUUGGUUCCCUGCCUGACACAGUUCAGUGCCGCCGGCUCCAUGGAGGAGGUCAUCCGUGGGACACGCCUACCCACAGCCAGUGACUGCCUGGCCUCGCCUCUGAUACCUCUGAGCAGGAACACACUCCUUCCCCCCAUCGGCACAGGAGAAGCUGAACCCACGCAUUCUGGACAGCACUUCAGACCUACUCAGCGGCAUAGAGGCUUGUCCAGUCGUGCCCAUAGUGCUGUUACAGAUGAAGCUGGUAGUUUGCUUCCUCGGGAUCGGCUUCAUCAAUUGGACGUAUUCUCCCGUCCCAACACCACCCACACCUACAGGUCAGACACACCUUACCGCCGCUCCUUCACGGUGCUGGACAACAUUGGACAGGGGCGUCCUGGCAGAGAAUCUUUGGGUACAGACUCUUUGGGCAUCGGAGUGAUGGGCAUCAGUCUGGGCAUCAGUCUGGGCAUCAGCAGCUCCUCCUUCCUGGACUCCUUCAUCCACCACCCUCUGGGCCACUCCCCCAUCAAGGAUGAGGAGGAGCCUAACACACAAGCCCCUCCCCCAGCUGUACUGGUGCCUGUGUCAGUCCCAGCACGCUCCUACAGCCGGGGGGGCUUCACAUCCCGCAGUAGCAGACCUGGGUUGUAGCACCUUCAACCGGUUGUCAUUAGUUAACACAGCCACAAAGUCAUAAUUAUCAUUAAACCCUGCCCAUUUCUACAAUUUCUCUUCUUACAAUAUGAUUU